AUGAAUCACUCUACGAUCUCAAUUUUUAUGAAUCCUGUAAGGGAGUUCAGCUCACAAUCAGUAUUUCAAUAUAAUACCAGAGAACGGUGCCCUAAAAUCAUUUUUCAGGCAGUUCGUAAAGAAGGUCUCAUCAUCAACCAUGAGUACGCGGGUCCAAUCUGUUUCACCCUGAUCAGCUCACCGUUUCAGCGACUUUGCCGAGAAGCUGAGAAGUUGCAGCUGUCAUUUCCGCUUAAGGACUGCCCAGUGAAUCCAUCCGCUCCAGCUUGCUGUGUCACUCUUUCCAAUGCCUUCGUCACUGAUGAUACCGUGGACUACAUUAGUGCACCAUUCUCUCGGCGACACGGUGAACUAUUCCUGAACUAUACCAAUGAGAGGCUGUUUUUCACUUCAGCUCAACGGUGUGAGCUCACACAUGAGAUUUUGACGCAAAUCGAUAUCAGUCAGGACUUGGAGAAGGCAACUCACGAUCCAGCUCUGGAUACCGAAUCGCAAAAAUCUGUGAUAUCUGAUGAGCCAUUGAAAAGAAAAGGCUUACAGUACUUGCGAAUGGAGAACACUUAUAACGACUCCUUCAUCCUGCAUGAGCCUAGUCAGGAGGAGCCGUACUUCCAAAAAAUGAGACAGAACUCUUUCGUUACGUAUGUGGAGAUGAUGAACGAAAUCGAGAAAGAUCCCAGGCAAAAGCUGAGCGGUCUAUGGACCAGAUUUCUUCGCUUCCAGCCGUUGGGUCUCGUUCGUGAAUACUUCGGAGAACAGAUAGCAUUUUAUUUUGCUUGGCAGGGAACGUUCCUCACAAUGCUCUGGCCAGCCACGUUCUUUGGCUUGGCAGUAUUUGCCUUUGGAAUGACAAAGAGUGUUCGUACCAAUCCGGCCACCUACGGGAAUUGCACCGUGAUCAACUACUAUGGCGGAUCUGUCGUUGUGCCUUGUGACUUGAGAAACCAACUCUCUCAACUCUUCACCACCAUCUCGUCAUGGUUCAUGAAGUCAUUCGAUAACGAGUUGAAUGCAUUCUUCGCAGCGUUCAUGUCGAUUUGGGGAACGAUGUUCUAUCAGAUUUGGAGACGGAAUAACAUGGUAUUGGCAUAUGAAUGGGAUUGUGAGGAUUUCAAUAUGGUCGAGCCGGAUCGGCCUGAAUACCAUGGAACUUCUAUUAGAACGGUAUGUGAUCCGAUCACAGGAAAGCCAGAAUACUUCAAUCCAUACAUGGUACGAUUCCUCAAGUACACCGUCUCCUGUAUUGCCGUCAUCCUGAGUAUGUGCUUGGUUAUCCUCAGCGUGUUCCUGGUCACUCUGUAUAAGCUCUGGGCAGUAUCAAGUCACGAAUGUGAAAAAGAGUACACCUUUGGAUGCUCGGUGGUUGCGGCAUACAUACCUUCCGUGAUGAAUACGUUAUCCACAAUGAUACUUGGCAGUAUCUAUGAAUGGCUGGUGGUGAAGCUGACACAAUGGGAAAACCAUCGUACCAACACUGAUUACCACAACGCGCUUGUUAUCAAGAUGUUCACACUACAGCUUGUCAACAACUACACCUCCCUUUUCUACGUUGCCUUCAUACGACCGGAAAAUAAUGGCUUCCAAGCAAACGGACUUUUCGGCUUGGGCGACAAAUACAAGGACAUUUGUCUUCCGGGCACGUGCGGUUCAUUGUUGGCUCUACAACUUCUUUCGCAUAUGAUUAUCAAACCAAUACCGAAAUUUACGAAAGAUAUAGUCAUACCAUAUAUCGUACAAGCCAUCAAAAUACGAAAGUGGUUCAAAGGACGAAAUGAGACUAUGGAAGAAGCGCUUAAUGAGAAGGAUGAAACGAAUGUUUUGAUCAGAGAAUGGAUAAAACCAAAUGCCGGCGAUUUUACUCAUUCUGAGUUCAACGAAAAAGUGAUUCUCUUCGGAAGUACAAUGAUGUUCGCUGCACUGUUUCCAUUAGCUCCCCUACUGGCACUGGUUAUCGGUAUCAUCGAUCUUCGCAUAGACGCUGUCCGACUGUUAUGGCUUAACCGACGACCGAUACCAGUGAUGGCGAAUGGUAUCGGCAUAUGGCUGCCGAUUCUGUACUUUCUACAGUACGCCGCCGUGAUGACGAAUGCUUUCAUAAUCGCAUUCACGUCGGACUUCUGUUCAAACUUCUUCAGUGAUGUCAUGUACUGUGAUGUGAAGAAUCGUUUUCUCAUCGUCAUAGUAUUCCAGGUAAAAACAUUUGCAAGAAUAUUGAAAGUCACAUGGUCGUAG